UCACCACACUAAUAAGAAAGCAUUACAUAAUUUAUUUCUUAUUUCUGUGACUAUUCAUCUUCCAUACAGCCUGGAGACUAGUGUUCACCUAUCACAAGAGGAGGAGGUGCCGUGUGUGACCCGAUUACAUUGCUUCUUGCUGCCUCCACCACCUCGUCCUCCCUCUCCCAGUGUGGAUCAAGCAACAAUGUCGGACUGCAGGAGGCAGUGGAACCGUGAGGAUGAGCUCCCGGUCUACCUGGCUGGACCCAUCACCACCGGGCCGAACCAGCGCAAAAGCUUCGGCAUGUUUAGCUCCGUGGAGGGAGCAUUUGAGAGCAAGACCAUCGACUUCGACAACUAUGCAGUCGGGAGGAAAGGGAGCCGCACCCCGAGGAGCGGGAGCCGGGAGAGACUACUGGAUGUGUGCGACUCCACCGGCAAGGCUAUCGGUGGACCGACAGACGUGUCACUGACCACUUCACCAGCGGAGGUAGAGCGUCCUGGGGUUGAGACCGGCUAUUCUUCGGGAAGCGAUACCACACAUGGAAAGAGUGAGCGACUGCUUAUUAAAGGAGGACGGGUGGUUAACGAUGAUCAGUCUCUUUACGUGGACGUGUACAUUGAAGAUGGGCUCAUCAAGCAGGUUGGGGAGAAUCUGGUUGUUCCAGGUGGCGUCAAGGUGAUCGAGGCCAAUGGGCGCUUGGUGAUACCUGGGGGAAUUGACGUCAACACUUGCUUGAUGAAGUCCUAUCUGGGCGUAUACCCUGUUGAUGACUUCCUCCAAGGCACCAAGGCGGCGCUUGCUGGAGGCACAACCAUGAUCAUUGACCAUGUGACCCCCCAGCCUGGGGACAGCCUGUUGGAGGCGUUCGAGGUCUGGCAGGAUGCUGCAGACAAGAAGGCGUGCUGCGACUACUCCCUCCAUGUGGACAUCCCCCAGUGGAAUGAAACAGUCAAAGAUGAGUUAGAGCAGCUGGUGCAAGAGAAAGGUAUCAACUCCUUCCAGGUGUACAUGGCCUAUAAGGACUUAUACCAGAUGACAGAUUCUCAGCUAUACGAGGCUUUCUCAUUUUUGAAAGAGAUUGGCGCUGUGGUGUUAGUACAUGCUGAAAAUGGAGAUCUGAUUGCUCAGGAACAGAGCAAAAUCCUUGGGAUGGGCAUUACUGGACCUGAAGGCCAUCCUCUGAGUCGUCCUGAAGAGGUGGAGGCUGAGGCUGUAUUCCGUGCGAUCACGCUUGGUAACCGUGUCAACUGUCCUGUCUACAUUACCAAGGUGAUGAGCAAGAGUGCAGCGGACACUAUCACCCAGGCCCGCAGAAAAGGCGCUGUAGUUUUUGGAGAGCCAAUUACAGCCAGCCUGGCCACUGAUGGUUCCCAUUACUGGAGCAAGAACUGGGCCAAAGCUGCUGCUUAUGUCACCUCUCCACCUCUGAGUCCUGACCCUACGACCUCAGACCACCUCCACACACUUCUGUCCUGCGGCGAUCUGCAGGUGGUGGGCAGCGCUCACUGCGCAUACAGCAUCUCUCAGAAAGCAAUCGGCAAAGAGGACUUCACAUUAAUCCCAGAGGGCACCAAUGGAGUGGAGGAGAGGAUGAGUUUUGUUUGGGACAAAGCAGUGGCCAUAGGAAAAAUGGAUGAGAACCAGUUUGUGGCAGUCACGUCUACCAACGCUGCCAAAAUCUUCAAUCUGUACCCACGUAAAGGUCGGAUAGCGGCGGGCUCUGAUGCGGACGUCGUCAUCUGGGACCCUGACAGCACCAAAACCAUCACCUCCAAACUCCAGCAGUCGGCUUCAGAAUACAACAUCUUUGAGGGCCUUGAGUGUCGAGGGGCUCCAACACUUGUGUUGAGUCAAGGUCGGGUGGUGUAUGAGGAAGGGAAGCUGCAAGUUCAGCAGGGCUCUGGUCGAUUCAUCCCUCGCAAGCCUUACCCGGACUUUGCUUACCAGCGUUUAAAGUUCAGGAACCAGAUGGCGGACAAAAGGGUCACACGUGGGAUGUAUGAUGGCCCUGUGUAUGAUGUCAUUCCAACCCCAAAAUACAUCACACCUUCACCUUCAGCCAAAACGUCUCCCACCUCGAACCAACCUCUCCCAAUACGCAACCUUCACCAGUCCAACUUCAGCCUAUCAGGGGCUCAGAUUGACGACAACAUACCUCGCAGGUCCGGCCAUCGUAUUGUAGCACCCCCUGGUGGUCGCUCCAACAUCACCAGCCUUGGUUGAACAGCAUGCACCACUGUGUAUUUAUGACCGAGAGCAUGUUUCCUUUGGUGCAACAAUGACACACACCAUUACGGUACUGCCUUGUGAGUACACACUCCCUAAGAAGAUGCACAUAUUUUAUCAGUGUGAUUUACAAUCAAUAAAACUAAUAAUUCACUCCCAUUCGAGAUGAUGAGCCCUCGAACCCUUUCGUACAUAGAAGCACAAUUUCCUGAGUUCUUCGCCAUGGCCAUCUACCAUCUUUACUUGUGCAUUUGGUUCAGUGUAACUCAUGUGGAUCAUAUUGCACAGACAUACGGUAACUUUUAGCUGUUACACGACUUGUACACGACUACUGUUGUUACAUUCCACUUCUAUUUGCAAGCAUCAAGCACCAUGAUAAUAUCACUUAUUUUUUAAAAACAUGACCAAUGCGACUUCAAAAUAAGACACUUUCUACACCCUAACGCGAAAUGCAAGCACAAGCAGAUGAGCCACUGCAAUAAUUAGCGCCAUUUCAAUUGUUGCAUUAUGGAAUCACGCCAUAAAGACUUAAUGUGUGUGUUAUAGUUGUCCACCGACCACUCAUGUCUACAUGUAUACUGACAAUCUCUUCAGGCGCUUUUGUGGAACAAAUUCCUUGUUUUUUAUUGUGGUUGUUGUUGGUGUGUAUGGUAUAUUUUGCAUUUUUAUGCCGCUUACGUUACUGUUGUCUGAGCCACUAAUGAUCAAUAAAGACUGACGAAAAACAUGA